AUGGUCGGUGGUCCACUGGUCACGUCCCGCAUUCUCUUCAGCCUCGAGUGGUCUCCAGCGUCCCCAGCAGGUCCAUUCACCUCUCCGGGGGCCCCUCUGGGGCCCCGGGGGCCCGGGGGGCCCCGGGGGCCCCAAGGGGCCCCCGGGGACCUGAAUGGACCUGUUGGGGACGCUGGAGACCACUUGAGGCUGAAGAGAAUUCGGGACGUCACCGGUGGACCACUGAAGAGGGGAAAAUCGGGGGGCUGGGGUUUGCUGCUAAGCAGCGGCUUCUCUAGGGGCCCCUCGGGGGCCCCCCUGGCGUGCUGCGGGCCUUCCGGGCCCUUGGGCCCCCCCCCUCUGCCUGCUGCUGCGUGGACAGCGCAGCAGCAGCAGCAGCAGCAGCAGCAAAGAUGGAGCGCCGGGGAGAGCCACGUGCGGGAGGGGGCCCCCCUGGCGGGGGGCGGAGGCCCCGGCGUGGGGCCCCUCAGGGGGGCCCCCCAGUUUCGGCCGCGAGUUCGAAACUUGGAAAUUAACUUUUUGGAAAUAGACCCUGACAACCCCACGAGGCUUUUGGAAUACUUUUCAGAUCUUCUCAAACGCGGGGACUUGGAGCCAAGCGAGCCCCAGAAAACCCUCAUGCAGCAGCUCCAGGUCCUCAGCUCGUUGGCUUCUCUUUGGGGUCGAUUGUCUUCUCCCCAGAAGACAGAGCCCGGGGCGGACGCUGCUGCUGCUGCUGCUGCUGCUCCUGAAACCCUAAACCCUAGAAUUCGGGGACUUUACAUUUGGGGAGGAGUUGGCCAGGGAAAGACAAUGAUAUUAAAUGCCUUUUUUGAUUGUCUUGCAAUUAAAAACAAACAAAGAGUUCACUUCCACCAAUUCAUGCUCGACGUGCAGCAGGAGCUGCACCAAAUCAAGCAGCAGCAGCCGCCCGUGGGAGACCCCCUGAUGGAAGUGGCGAGGAAGAUAAGACAGUCUGCGAAGGUCCUUUGCUUUGACGAGUUCCAGCUAGGAGUAGUGGUUGUGGCCACCUCGAACCGCCCCCCCAGCGAACUUUAUUUGGGGGGUUUAAACCGCGAGAGGUUUCUCCCUUUUAUUCCUCUUCUUGAAAAGUUCUGCAAAGUCUACCACAUCGACACCAAGAAAGACUACAGACAGGCGAAAGGAGGGGUGAGUUGCCGGCGGUUGUUUUACGCUCCCCCAAGACCUGAAAAUGAAAUUUUUGAUCAACUCCAAAAAGCAGCAGGAGGGCCUCUUGAAAAAGGGGAAAUUCAAGUGGGAUCUGGCCGCAGCCUCGAGGUGCCGCGCAUGCGCGCGGGCUUCGCAGCCUUCAGCUUCGAGGACUUGUGCUGCAGCAACGUGGGAGCAGCAGAUUACUUUUCUCUUUCUUUUUCUUUCCACACUUUGUCCAUUCGAUCCAUUCCAGAUCUCCAUCAAAUGGAUUUGUUUCCCAACGAAAUCCGGAGAUUCAUCAGCCUCAUUGACGUCCUCUACGAGCGCUCAACUAGGGUUUUGUUCGACGCAGAGGCCCCUCUUUUCCGUCUUUUGGGAAUUCCAAAAGCAGCAAAAAGAGUCGAACAAAUUCGCCAACAAAUUCAAAACAAAUUCCACAGACUCGACGACGCACUCCUCGCCCUCAGCCAAUUCAGCGAAAACAAAGAAAGCUUUUCCAGCGAAGAGUGGCGGGCGGCGGCAACGGCGGUUUUGGGGCUUUCGGCUUCAAACGCCGAUGAGGCAUUUUCGAUUAUGACUUCCCGCGGCACUUUUCCUUUAGACUCGAAUCGCAUUAGGGCCAUUUUGUUUUUCCACAUGACUUCUUUCGACUUCGAGGCGCCAACAACUGCAGAUUUAUUUCUUUUCAGUUCUGAAAAAGAAGCUGCGCAGGUUUUGCAAAGUCCCGCAGUUUACGAAUUGAACAACGAAGGACUGGAGUCUGCGGGAUCUCAAGACAAUCAGUUUUCGUUCGUUCGCACGAUUUCGCGAAUUAGAGAUAUGACUUCUUUGCCGUAUUUGCGGGCGCACCAGAAGGCGCACAAGUUGAACGACUUGGCGGUGUUGGGGAUAAUUGAAAAGUGA